AUGAUCUUACAGCAAACUGAUGGUGGUAAGAGAGGAUCGUCCAAAAAUACGACAAAGAAACCGCAAUCUUUAGUGUCGGUCACAAAUACCAAAUCUGUCCAAAGAGAAAAGUCAAAUGAAUUUAUUAUACCCGAACUUCCCGAGGGCAGACUAUUAGAAAUGAAGAUAUAUGCCAACUGGGGUGAUAAAUACCUAGUCGGCUUAAACGGCAUCGAGUUGUUUGAUAUGAAUGGCGAUCCUGUGCAGAUUGAAAAGGUAUGGACAGAUUCUGAUACAGGUGAUCAGUCCAAUCACGGUCGCGUGGAGAAUAUCGCUGAUGGCGUCAUGCGCACGCGAGAUGAGAGGCAUGCGUGGACUGCGCCCGCGCCACGUACCUUACCCGUAGCGCUCAGCGUAUUACUAGCGAAUACAACAAAACUAGCUCUUCUAAGGAUAUGGAACUACAAUAAAUCUCGAAUAUAUUCAACAAGAGGUGUACGCUUAGUGCAAAUAAAACUAGAUGACAAAAUUAUUUUCCAAGGAGAAAUUGCUCGAUCUAGCGGCGAACUUAAAGGUCCUCUUCAAAGUUUUGGAGAUACAAUUCUAUUCACAAAAGAUCCUAAUAUUCUCGAGGCAGUCAUGGUUAACGAUAAGAAUUUCCAAGCUCUCCUUAAAGAUAAUGAACCAAUGAAUGAAGCAGUCAGUUUAGAAAGGCCUCUGACGGCGAACGACAGCAAUCACAACAUGAGCCCUGAAGAACUUCUACAGGCGUUGGACAAUGAAGAAAAUGAAACCAAAUACAUCGCGAAACAAAUUAAAUUAACGCUCAUGUCAAACUGGGGACAACGCCAUUUGAUAGGGCUUACUGGUAUAGAAAUUAUGUGCUACAACGAACCAGUAAAAGUAUACCGAGCAUACGCUUACUGCUCAUACAUAAACGAUGAACAGCCGCCUGAUCGUGGUGACCUUAUCGAAUGCAAGAGUCUGUUCUCCGGUCGCAAUAUCUCUACAGACUUUGAAGAUAUGUGGUGCACCAGUUUUGAGCCUGGCGUUAAAUUUUGCCACAUAGUCAUGGAGUUUAGGGAGCCUAAAGAAAUUACCAGCAUCCGCAUUUGGAAUUACAACGCGAACAUGGAGCUGUCUUAUAUGGGGUGUAAACACAUGCGUGUGUGGAUGGACGGUGCGCCUCUAAAUUGGCGGCCGGCGCUGGUGCGGCGAGCGCCAGGCGAUACUUGCUACGAUUAUGUGCACCAGUUCGAUUUCACUACGCUCGACGACAGAUUGGAAGACGCGAAAGAUUCUGACAGCUUCCAUAUGGACUGGCUGGUAUAUGGUAGCGGGAUCAGUGCGGGCGCACCCACCGGGUUCGUGUUGCAGAUCAGCAUAUUCUCAACGUGGGGCGACCCAUACUACGUCGGUCUCACCGGUGUAGAGCUGUACGACCCCAGGGGUGAACCGAUACCACUCACCGAGACCACUGCUUUUAAAGUAGCUGUUACAAAACUCAGCCGUGUGAGAAUGGCGAACGCCGUUAGUACACCGACACAUUCGCUUGCGAAUGCGAACAAUAAUUGUCAUCUUUUGAAAAACAAAAUUCGUGACAUUCGAUUAGUUAUCAGAAAUAGGGGCAGAUGGCAGGCAACCCUGCACGCGAUACAUGUGCGUCUGUGUAACGACAUUUUUACUGUGAUGACAAGGACGCAACUAAUAAUACCUAAUAAUAGAGCGAGACAAAGCACAUGCGAAACAUUGCCAUACAACUGACAAGAUUUCGCAAAUGUUUCGCACUCGCAUGAGAUUGUGUCGUUGUACUAACGGCGUUAAGGCUGCCUGAACAGGAUAGGUAUGUAAUUGACAGAUGUGUGUGCACACCCGGCGAGUGUAAACGUGCUGGAGACGCGUGCACAGGACGUACGCACACCCGACAAACUCAUCGACGGACAUAACGCACGCGCCGCUGACGCCGCCCACUCGUGGCUCGCGCCAGUACUGCCCGCCACACUCAACAGAGUCUUCUUCGUAUUUGAUGUUCCGGUAUCAGUCUACGGUAUGAAGAUAUGGAAUUACGGAAAAACGCCAACGCGUGGGGUGAAAGAAUUCGGCGUAUUGAUGGAUGAUCUACUCAUAUACAAUGGAACGCUGGACUGUGCCAAAGUCGAUGACAUUAUAGCGCCGCAAUGGAUCUGCUUACAAAACGUAAAUCCUGACAACGUAUCUCCAAGUCCAUCGGAUCUCAGUCAGCGUACGACUACGAGCGGUUCGCACGAGUCUGCGGACCAGACAGCGCGCCCUCACACCAGCGUCAACUCUGCGCUUGCGCAUCGCCGACAUAACUAG